CGGCAGCGGCAGCGGCAGCUGGAACACACCUGGAGCGCCGGGGCUCAUCCUGCGGGAGGCUGCGCAGGGUCGGAGCCGAGCGCCCGGAGCCUUUGGCACCUCAGGCCGGGAUUUGGCAGCGGCUGGAGGAAGCAGAAAUGGCCAGGGAAAGGUUUCGGUGUGAGCUGGUUUUCGGGCUGUUCGCCAUGAGUGCGGCUGUGCUCCUGGGGCUGGGGCUGCUGGCGGCCGAAGGCAGAACAAACAGGUGUUACUUCAACCGCACCCAGGAGUUCUGCGUGUGCUACAACCUGUCCGAGGAGACCGUCGGCAGCAUCAUCCAGUGCCUCCCAGCAACCGUGGUGGAGUUUCAGGGCGGAGAUGUGGAGAAAUACAUGGCCUUCCCCAUCAGGGACCCGGACCCCUCCGUCAUUGAAACUCUGGGCUCCCUUGUCAUCCAGAAAGUAAUUAUUGAAAAUGUCCUGGUGCCUGAGAUACUCCUCGCCCGUGCGCUGAAGUUCUUCUCCUACACCCACGUGCAGGACCUGGCCUUUGGGAGUUGCAUUUUCCAGGGCACGGGCGACUGGAGCGACAUGGACGGCCAGAACCUGCCCAUAGUGUCCCUGAGCUUCCACAACGUGACGUCUGCCCCGCUGACGGGCCACGAACAGGCCUUCUCCAGCCUGAGCAGGUGGCUGGAGACCCUGGAGGAGCUGGCUGUCACCGGCUCCCGCGUCAGCAGCCUGCCCUGUGCCAUCGGGAAGGCGUUCAGGGCUCUGCGCUCCCUGAACCUGGCACAGAACAGCCUCAGCGAUGGGAGCCUCACCCCCGCCUUCUGCCAGGGAGCUUUCCCCCAGCUCCGGGAGCUGAGUCUGCACCACAACAACCUGAGCUCCUACCACGCCGCGUGUGAGGGCGUGCAGCUGCUGCCGGAGCUCCGGCACCUCGAUCUCAGCCACAACCAGCUCGUGGCAGACCCGUCCUCCUCCUCCUGCCGGUGGCCGGCGUCCCUCCGGCAUUUCAACCUGUCCAGCACUGGUUUGGAUGAAGUGCCGACACCGCUGCCUCCCAGCCUCGAGGUGUUGGACGUGAGCCACAACCAUCUCCGCGCUGUAGACAUCUCCCUCAGCUCCCUGAAGAAACUCUUCCUGAAUCAAAACCUGCUGCAGGCCGUCCCCUCCCUCAGGAACUACCCCGCGCUGGACACCCUCCACCUGGACAACAACUCCAUUUCGGAGCUGCCGAGGGAUGAGCUGCAGCUCCUGGAGCGCCUGCAGGACGUGGCUGUGGCCGGCAAUCCCUUCAGCUGCUCGUGCUCGGGGGCCGGGGGGCUGCAGGCGCUGGCGGCCUCGGGGCGCCUGGGGCAGGGCUGGCCCGGGGACUACAGGUGCCACUCCCCAGCUCAGUACCAGGGCUGGCCGGUGGCACGGGUGCCCGUGUCGGCGCUGCGCUGUCACCGGGCCGCCGUGCUGGCCCCGCUCUGCGUGGCCCUGGCCCUGCUCGGCGCGGCCGUGGCCGUCUGCGUGGCUGAGCAGGAUGUCAGCGUGCGAGCCGCUCUGGGACUGCACCAGGCAGCAGGGCCAGGAGAAAGCUGGGUGGAUGGCAGCAAGGACCCCCUGCAGCUCCUCUUUGCUGGGAAGGAGCCCCAGGAGAGCUCCCUGACUGUCGAUGGUGUUUUCCACUUGGAUGCAGGACAGGAGAAAGUCCUGGAGCUGGCAAGACCCCAGCUGGCGCUGGUUCCCCUUGGCUACAGCGUGUCCCUGCUGCUGUGGGACCCCCAUGGCCCUGGGACACAGCUGCCCUUCCAGAGCGUUGUCUGGCAGGUGAUCGACACCGUCUUCCAAGAACUGGAGGCCUUGGGGGAUGACACACAGAGCCUGCAGACCGUCAGUCUGGUCCAGGUCAGCACCCAUGACAAGGCCUGGGACCUGCUCCGUCCCGACGGCCGAGCCCUGCAAGUGAUGGACGUGGCACCCCUGGGCCUGAUGGUGGAGGAGGCCACAGAACUGGCCGUGCCCGAUGCCCGGGCUGCCAUCAGUGCCUAUGCCAGGGGGCUGGGUGCCAUCCCGGCGCUGUUCCAGGGGUGCGCUCAGCAGCCCCUUGCCGACGGGCACUCAGCUGUGCAGGGGGCCGGCAGCCUCUUCACUCUCACCGUGGAGCGAGAGCUGGAGGGUGGCAGGCGCCAGCGCUCAGCCCUCAGGAUCCUGGUGUCCCCAGGAGCCACCAGGCCCUGCCCCAGGCCGGAGUGCAGGGAACCUGGAGCUGUCUGCCUGCCCUGGAUCGUGGAGCGGCUGCUGGAGGGGAACAGCCUGACCUUCCUGCUGCUCUGUGUGUCGCUGCCAGACACCUCCAGAGAGGAGAUCCUGGGAGCUCUGGGACUGGCUGAGAGGGUGAAGGGAGUGGCCAAGACCAUCUCUGCCACACUCUGGGACCCUGAGGAGGAGCUGGCAGUGCGCCGGAGGGAGAUCCGAGGGCUGCGGAUGGAGCUGCUGGCUGGAUCUGGCCUCCCUGAGCAGAGGGCAGCUGUGACCCAGCUGCAGAGAGCCCUGAGGGAGCUGCAGGUGCUGAAGAAUCAAAGGUGGGAGAAAAAGCAGGCGGUGGCCGAGGUGCUUGGGACAAGUGAGAUGCACCAGCCCAGUGCUGAGGACCAGGUUUCUGCAGGGAAUAGAGCACCAGGCCAGCGGCCUGGGACCCAGACACCCCCGGCCAGUGCCAGCCUGGAGCCAGCAGAGCCGGAGCGUGGGGCCAGGCAUGCAUCCCACACCUGGGUGAAGGAUACGUGGGCACAGAGCAUGGCUUUACAAGCAGGACGGGGUGACAGCAGAAGCCAGGGAGGGGGCAGCCGAGCUCUGGCCAGCGCAGGGCAGGGGCGGCAGGAGGAGCCAUCCCAGAGCAAAGUGUCACAGCCACAGCCUGCAUGUGACAGCGCAGGGAAACGGUGCCAGCCGUGCCCAUCCCUGGAGGUGCAGCGCGCCCUGGCCAGGGCACAGCGGCAGCGGCUGCGGGCUCAGCACUGCCGGCAGCUCCAGCAAGAGCUCAGGGCCAGCGCUGUGCCAGCCCAGGAGCACAGCGGGGAGUGGGACACAGAGCGCUGGCAGCGGGAGGUGACCGCGCUGGGCCUGAGCCUGGAAGCAGCGCUGCGGGAGCGGGAGGCGGCCGAGUGGGAGCUGGAGGCCCUGCUGCACAGUCACCACCAGGAGAUGCAGGCCUGCAGACAGCACCUGCUGCAGGUGCUCCGGGACCAGCAGCGCCUGGCAGACGAGCAGCGGGAGGCCCUGGAGCGCCGGCAGCGGGCGCUGCUGCAGGAGGUGCUCCGGGACGCUGUGGAACUCGCCGAGCACAACCAGCACCUGCGGGACGCCCGACGGGCAGGCACGGCCAACGCCACCACACAGAGCCCCUGA